AUGUCCGUGUUUGACGGUGAAAUAGAAUUCCAAUCGGUGUAUAUGGUAGACUUUGGUAAAAAAGACAAGCCCAAGAGUCCUCGUCGCAAAGCGGUGGACGACGACUGCUUGAUCGUUGGCUUGAGCCGAGAUCCUCUCAAAGCUAAAGAUGCACCCCGCCGCUGUCCUGAUGUGCUCUGUCCCAUCAAACAUGAAUACUAUAAGAAGGCCGUCGAAAGGUUUGCAGAAGAUUACCCGAAAUUGACCAAGAUGUAUAUGUCAAAGGACAUCGAUUCCACCCCCAUUGACCACGAGAUACAGGACUUGAAGAGGACCGAGUAUUUGUGCAAGUAUUGCUCUAGAGCACGCGCCUUGCAGACACUCCGUCUUCCCGACGACGUCGUUAUACCGGACACCAGUCAGCGAGGAUCUUACCGUCCUCCGCGUCCGGAGAAGUACGCUGACCCACCGUCUUCUCUUUCUAUGAGGCCCAAAUACGAUCCAUCUUUGCAAAAGGAGCUGCGUCGCAUAUUACGCGUAAAUACGGGUGAUACAACCUAUGGUGUGUGUCACAGUCUGCUUGGCAAAGUGGUCCUAGAAAAGAAUCCUUUCGGCCCUCCACGCAAGGAACCGAAGUACGGACGUUGGAGGAACCCUUAUAUGUAUACGUAUUGGCUAUAA